AUGGCGCUAUCUCACAAGCACAUUCGGAUAUACAAGAACACUGCUCCACCUGGAUCACAAACACAGAAACCUGUUCAAUAUGGGAAUUUGACAGUCAUACCCAUUCUUGAAAGCGAGAAUUCGGCAUUCGGCGCGGAAGUUUCUGGUGUCGAUUGGGAAAAUCCGGUGCCCGCGGAAACAGUGGCUCAGCUUGUUGCGCUACAAGAUAAGUACGGAGUGUUGAUAUUUCGAGAAACAGGAUUAGACAAUGCUCGCCAUAUUGCGUUUUCGCAACAAUUGGGGGAAAGCUUGGAAGUCAACCCGUUUUACUAUGGCCGUGAAAACGAUCGGCUCGGUGAGCCGCUGCUAUUUGACGUCGGAAACAUAGAAUUGGACAGAACAUUAGUGAAGAAUGAAAGCAGAAGAUGGCACCACAGCCUUGGGAAUGCUCUGUGGCACACAGAUUCAUCAUAUCACCAGCAGCGCUCCAAAUACUCUAUACUCUUGUCCCAUGGCAAUCCUGUUAAAGGCGGAUCUUGGACACAUUUUGCGGACACGCGCCGGGCAUAUGCUGACCUCCCGGAAACGAAAAAGAAGGAAAUUGAGGAUUUGAUUGUUGAGCAUGAUUUAUGGCACUCGAGGAAGCUUGCCUCACCCAUUGUCUACGGAGACCCUCUACCACAUGAACUGGCCGCAAAACCGCCCGCAUAUCACCGUCUUGUCCAAACAGCACCCAAUGGACGUCGAACGUUAUAUCUCGCCGCCCAUGCUAAACUAAUCUUAGGUCAAUCGUUUGAGGAAAGUCAAAAAUUGAUAUGGGAGCUAAUUGACCACUGUGCCCAGCCAAAGUAUGUUUUCAGCAUGGAAUGGCUUUCUGGGGGUGAUAUGGUGUGGUGGGAUAAUAGACAAUCGAUGCACCGCGCAAAUCCAUAUACAGAAGACAUGGCUGCUAGAGACGUGCGACGAUCGACAAUUAUUGACGACGGGCCGUUAGCAUAUGGUGUUCCUAUUGAAGAUAGGCUUGUGGCUGCAUGA